AUUGUUGCGUUUCGUCCGUUUCGCGCCCUUUUUGACGUGUAGUCAUUUUAGUGUUGCAAAUUAUUGCGGAUAUAAUUUUUAUAAGUGAUUUACAAUGGAAAUGAGGUGGAGAUAUUUGUUGACGUUGCUACUGCUCGGCGUGGCGUUCGCAGCAGAAGACGAUGACAGCAUACCCGAUGCUGGAGUUGACGACAGUGAUGAACUAGCUUUAGAUCAAGAGGAGUCGCGCAACCUAAGGCCACGAGCAUACACGCCCACAGCCUACAACGCGUUACCCAGCGGGUUCCGACCGACGCCCUCACUCGCAGAGCUGGCGGGCUACCAGAGACAACAGGAGCAACAAGAAGAGCAGCAAUACGUGCUGCAGCCUAGACCCACUCAGCAGCAGUAUGUUGACGAACCUAGGCAGCCGCAGCGCGCUCCUCAUAGGAAGGACCAACGCCCCGCAAAACUUCAGCAACGUCCAGUCCAGGACGUUGAGGAGGAGUUGGAAGAAGAAGAGAAGGAGGAACCAGACCGCCUCUCCCAACUGCUGCAGCAGUCCAAGUUCAACUGCGUGAACAAACAGACUGGGUACUACGCCGACGAGGAACUCAACUGCGAGGUCUUCCAUUACUGCCAGGAUAAUGUCAAGCACUCCUGGGUCUGCCCCGACGGAUUCUCAUUCCACCAGGUCCACCUGAUUUGCAUGCCACCAACACACGACAACAUCUGCCAGAAGUCGUCGAAGUACCACUUCGUGAACGAGUACCUGUACAGGCCGGUCAAUGAGGAGGAGGUCCAGAGGAAGCCCAACGUGUCCCUCAAGUACUCCGACAGGUACUACCCCGCUGAGGUCUACAGGGACGACAGAUACGAACAGGAAGAGGAAGAAGAGGAGGAGCAGCCCAGGAGACCGCCUCCGGCGCAACUGCAGCAGCGGCCGGCACAACGUGCUCAGCCGGCGCCGCAGGUGUUCCGCUCUGCCGAGGAGGUGAACAUCCCGCUAGUCCAGAGGCGCCCCCAACGUCCCUACGACUUCGACUUCUAAACCACCUCACUUAUUAGACGCCAACCCUUGGCAGUAAGCUCCAGAUCUAAUUUGCCAAUUUUUUAUAAUCUAUUGGAUUAGCCAUUUCUAUUCAGUGGCUCUUGACUAUUCUGUUGAGUAGAUUUUGUAUACAUACUUAGAUUUUAUGUCAUCCUAAAAAUCUAUGUCGAUUUUUUGAUUGAUGACGAAAACACCUGUAAUAUUCAUGUCAUAAUAUUUUUGUAAAGUUGCAAGCAUUUAAUGGCUCAUAAAUUGUAGUGAUACUCUUGUUAAGAGCCACUGAAAUAAACUUAAGUUAGAACAAACUGGCGUAGACACUCGUGAGGUACUAUCGUUUCACUCACUCUCCAAUCGACUCUUGAUUGUUAUUGUACCAUCACAACUGUAUAAUUUAAGGUUAAGUUUUAAUUAAAACUUAUUUAUGUUUCUGUACAAUAAGUCACAAAUUAGUUGUAAGCUAGUCUCUGCGUAAACAAGAUAAGAGAAAUAAAAAAAAAUGAAAAUUCGAA